ACAGAAUAAAAGCUGCUAACAAAAGCCACAGAGAUCUGAGACCGCAAGAGUCAGAGACAGCUAGCAAGUGUCUGCAAGCAUCUGCAAGCGUCUGCAAGCAUCUGCAAGCGUCUGCAAGCAUCACCAGGAAAGACGACAAUGGCAGAUAUAGUGAAAGCUACCCAAUCAAUUUCCAAGGCUGGAGAUUUCAGAGAUGACACAAAGCUGAUAAUGCAACCAUAUGCUAACUGGGAGGAGUACUUGGUACCUGCCCCAGUCUCCAUAGCCAUUCUGGGGGAGCUGGUCUGUAUCUCCUCUAAUGUAGAUUUCUCCAUCAAUAAAAACCCUCCAAAAGGUGGGUUUCAGUUAAUCAAGUAUCCAGACUCAUUCCGUGCCUGUCUAAUGCAAGUGGCUAAUUCUGGAUGGGCGGCAUUCAAUGAGGCUCACAAGAACAUGGACCAGAUCCGUCUCCACACUGGCAGUGUGCCAGCUUACAUCAGGACGUCAGUUCAGAUAUUACUACAGGACAAUGAUGAGCUGGUCCAAACCCUCCUCCCUGACCAACUGGAGAACAUAUCUACUAUAUCAGACCAAUGUGUACAACUGGCUGAUCAAGCAGAGAAAAAGUUCACAAUUGUUAUUAAUCUGAUCCAAGAACUUUUAGAAGCUUGUAUAAGUGCAAAGAAGGUAUAUGGUGAUGAUCUGGAGAACGUCAAGCGCAAAAUUGAGGAGACAAAUAUGAGAAAAGAGGAUUCAGAGAAAGCAAAGGAAAGGGCUCAGAAAACGCUUGAGGACAUGAAUAAAUGUUUAGAUGAGUCACAGAAGACUUUUGAUAAAGCAAUCGAUUCACUGCCGUCUGGGUGGGAUGUGAUUGGCAUGAACUUUGUAGAGGGACUUACUGAUGGUGUGUUAGGUAUAAUGUCACAUGCAACUAAAAUCAUGGCAGAAACACCAAAGUACAAAAAGGACCAUGACGACGUUGGCGGUAUGAGCAACGUACUUUCCAAAGCAGGGCAGAUUCUGAAACUGGGCCAGACACUGAACAGCUUCAUUGACAAACAGCAAAUUAAUUGGUCUGAGAUAUACGAUCAAAAGGAAGACAAAACAAAGACGGCGUAUGUGGGGGAACAAUACACUCAGAUAAAAACUUCAGUGGAGAACGAGAAAGACUGUAAAGCCAAAAAGGCCGCACUCGACAUCUGCACAGACGGCAUUAAACUGUGCUCUGAGCUCUCAAAGAUCGCACCUGACGGGAAAUGCGAUGCCAUACAGACAAAACAAAUGACUGAAAGAAUGCAGAAGCUAAUGAAACAGUGUCAGACAUUUGACUGUGAGAACAAGGCCUUCACAAACACUCCAGCCUUCCAACCUGAACCACCGCAUCAAGCAAAAGAAGGUGGACCAAAACGGGCAGGUGAGAUGGCGGUGGAGAACGCCCGUUACCGCAUAGAGCAGAGUCGAGCUCAGCUGGAAAAGGCAAGAGAGAUGCAAAAACAGAGUUUGGAAAACCUGGAGAAAAACCAGAAGGAGCUGACAGAGAUCUUAGUCACACUGAGAAACUGUGAAGUAAAUGAGAUCGACUUCAACACCACCAUUAAAAUGCUGGUCAAGGGUCUAGAUGCGAUGGGAAGAGUGAAAGAGCAGUGGGAGAAGAUGAUCCGCUUCUUUCAGAUGAUCUCAAACAUCGUCAAGACCUGCCUGCAUAGAUCUCUGACUGAUUUUGUCAAACAGUCUCAGAAGGCAUCUCAGAAACAUCUGUCAUAUAACACAAAAAAGUUCAUGAAAGACCUGAUCUACCAGCAGGCCUUUUAUGCGUCGAAUGUAGCCAGCUUGGUUAACAUGAUCUCAGGGACCUACGUUGAGGUUUCCGACAAACACCUGAUGGACAGGAUCAGCAGUCUGGGCAAACUCAUGGCUCUGGAUCCCAGCAAACCAGAUUUUGAAAGUGAACGCAAGAAAUUGCACGAUGCCUGUGAAGAAGCUCAAGAAGCAAUAAGAGAUCUUGUGAAAAUUAACAACAAGAAAUUUGAUCAGAAAGCAAAAGAGAGAAUGGAGAAAAUCGAAAGGGAGCUAAAGCCGAUGCUACCUCCAGCGUCUGAGGAGAAAAUGAAAGAGAUGAAAGAAAUAACAGAAUCUGCAUUUAAAGAAAUGAGUCAGGAGGAUGAAGAUCAGUUUGCAUGAAGUUUCUGCUAAAACAUGAAAUAAUAACAGCACCAGAUCUUACAUUUGAAUAACAGAAAUACACAAGCAGGCACACAUUGGUACAGAUGGUCCUCGAUUUCCAAUGGGGUCAAAUAUGAAUAUGAUGUGAUAAGUAAAUAACUACUGUGACUAAAUACGUAAAUACAUAAUUACUAUAACUAAGUACCAGUAAUUGAAAAGUAAAUAAAUGAAUACUGGUUUCUCUUUGGUUAAAUACAGAAAAAAAUCAGCAUAAUAUACUGUUAAACACUGUAUUAGAUGUUUACCCUACAGACUGGAAGCGCGGCUGCCUGGAUGCUGCUGUCGCCCGUCAUCAGAGGAAAGCAUCGUAAGGUUUAUCACUCACCAGGGAAGAAAGCAAAACUCAAAGUUGGCUACUGAAUGUGCAUUUCGACUGUCAUACCAUUGUAAAGGCGAAAUAUCAUACCAUUGUAAAGCGAGGAGCAUCUGCACAUGUAACAUAAAUGCCAGAAAAGGUACAUCUGCUCGUUUUAAUUGCACGCUCUUAACUGAUAGCAUCUGCUUUAUUUAGGUAGAUUUUUUGUUUACUGCUUCUAAAUUUGCUGCUUUUUGAAGUAUGACUGAAGACUCUAGGGAUUUGAACAAAACAGUUAACCAAACUACACAUGGGUUACAAGGUUUAACAUGUGGAGAGAUGCUUUUUCUAGUUAAAAUGGCAGGUUUGAAGACAUCCUGAGUCUGUCACACCAAGCAAGUUCAGCAGAGCUUCUGAAGCCCAGGGGUGGAGAUCUGAUUACAGGAGAGACCUGGAGUCAGACUGACCUCACUGUCAAAGGUCAAGGAAGAAAAAGAUUGUGUUUGUUUGUAUGUUUUCCCACAGCUCUGCUGGCUGAACUCUCUAACCAUACUGCACUGGACAGUUAAGGUUUUGUCUUAGGCCUUAGGCAAGAAGAUAUUGUUACAUUUGGGGAUGUGGGGUUAGCGCCUUGGCCUGGGCUUGGAUACGGUUGCAGUCAUUAGGUCUCCUUGUUUGAACUUUCGUAUUCACUUUCAUUUAAUCAGUCACGUGAUCAUUACUUAUGCACUUAGUAAGCAAGACUGGAGGUCGUAAGAGGAAAUUCAAGAUUGCACAUGUUAUAUGGUGACCGAUCAUGUUGAAGAAGAUCUUGUAAAAGGGUGGGGGGGCUUCUGAAAGUAUAUAACGGGGCACUUUUGUUUUGGGGGGUGUGCAAGCACCCGGCUUAUGCGGAGCACUCUGUCACGCUUACUAGCAUCAUCUAACUAAUAAAGACGA